AUGGAUAUAUUUACGAAUAUUGCAAAUUCUGCUGCUGCAAAUUUUACAAGUUCUACUAUAAUUUACGGGAUAAAAACUUUAGCUGAAGAAACAAUUCAAAUUUAUGUAAAUGCUGAAUGUAAUAAAGAAACUAGUCUAAUAAUGAAGAAUCGAGUAGAAAAUGCAAAAAAAAUCAUUGAAGAAUUUAUUAGACAUGAUAAUGAAAAUUUUAAUCGAAGAAAAUUUAUUGCAGUACUUGAAGUCUUGAAACAACUAACAGAAGACUAUGAAACGUGUAUUAAAGAACUAUUACUACAUUCUGCUCACUAUAUUCAAACAAUGACGCUAAAAAAGAAGAAUCUCGGAAAGUCGAUAAAGAAACUGAAAAAGUACCGACCCGUAAAGAUUUUUGAUGCGUUGUUGAUUCAAAAAAUUGCUAAACAAUCAGGCGAUAUCCAUGUGAAAAAGAUUGGACCGAAUGAAUUAACUGAUCCUUUUGUUCCACCAAAAAAAAAUAUUCAUAAAAAUUUUAUUAAAAAGUUUUACAGAACAAUCGAAGUAGAAUGUAAAAAUUUUCAAGAUUCUGAAGAUUUCCGACGUCAUUUAGCAAUACUUGAAAAAUUAGAUCACCCAUAUAUUCGCCGUUUCUAUGGUCUUUCAUAUGCUGAUAUUAGAGAAGUUAUGGUUUUUGAAUGGUCUGAAUACGGAUCUUUAAAAGAUCUUUAUAAUGCUUAUAACAUUCCUUGGACAAGAAAGAUACAAAUUAUAAGAGAUAUUUGUCACAUAAAGGACCUGGGUAGAACUCGCAAAACUCAUUGA